AUGUCCGGAUUGACUGGUUUCACCGACAACCCUUUUCGGAACCGUUCCGAUCUCCUACGAGCAGCAGUUGCUAUCGUCAAGCCAUUGAAAUCUUAUAGAUCUACCUCGGAAGCUCGUGUCAAACUAUAUCCCUCAACUGCAGCAGGAUUUGACGAUGUCGCCGCUCAGCUAGAAGGCUUCGCACGUCCAUUAUGGGCUAUAUCAGCUCUUAUUGACAAUGGUGCUGACCCUUCAAUAUGCUCCUGGAUCAAGGGCAUCGAAGCCGGAGUAGACCCAAGUAGUUCCGAAUAUUGGGGCCAGCUUGGAUCUUUUGACCAGCGUAUGGUUGAGAUGGAAUCCAUAGCUUUCGCCUUGUUGACAGAACCCCAUACAAUUCUGUCGCUCUUGAAACCUGAAUCAGUAACGAAUCUGGAACGAUGGCUGGAACAAAUCAAUAAUUUCACUAUGCCACAAAACAACUGGCGAUGGUUUCGAGUCCUUGUCAACUUGGCAUUGACAAAAGUACUUGGGUCAGACAAAAGUGCAGCGCGACACGCAAUGGAUGCGGACUUUGCAAUUCUCGAUCAAUUCUACCUCGGUGAGGGCUGGUCUUCUGAUGGUGUUUGGGGCGACGACAGGAAGCAGGCAGACUAUUACUCUGGCAGUUUUGCUAUCCAAUUUGCCCAACUACUUUACACGCGUUACGCCGAUGACGAUCAUGACAGAGUUGCAAAAUAUAGACAACAGGCAAUCGAGUUUGCGUCUGAGUAUUGGAGAUACUUUGAUACAAACGGUGCUGCUAUUCCUUUUGGUCGGAGCAUGACGUACCGGUUCGCAUGUGGAGCGUUUUGGGCUGCUUUUGCCCUCGCCAAUAUCACAUCUACAGACUGUCUUGUUAGCUUGGGAACAGUCAAAGGACUCCUCUUAAGGCAUCUACGAUGGUGGUCAAAACAACCAGAGAUUUUCAACUCGGAUGGUACCAUGAAUAUCGGCUUUACCUACCCCAACAUGUACAUGUCGGAAGACUACAACUCAAGACAAUCAGUCUACUGGUGCUUGAAGUCUUUCGUCGUGUUAGGACUCCGAGAAAAUCACCCUUUCUGGACUGUUGAAGAAGAGUCCCAUCCGAGGGCACCAGGUUCAAACAUAGCAUCGCCCUUGGACGCUGUAAAGGUUUUCGGACUGCCCUCGCAAAUCGUGUGCAACUGCCCAGAGCAUCAUUACCUUUUAUCGGCAGGACAAAUGACAACCAAAAUGUUCAAAGCCAGAGAGGCAAAGUAUGGCAAGUUUGCCUAUUCCUCCGCGUUCGGAUAUAGUGUGCCAACUGGUCCUGAACUUCAUCAAUUGGCUCCAGAUAGUACAUUGGCUUUGAGCAUCGAUGGUGGCGAGACAUGGAAGGUUCGGUGGGAGCCAGUUGAUGUCGUCAUCGGAACUACGCUUAUUGAAUCUGAGCAAGGCCGUCAUUACCUUCCUUCCAUCACAAGCACGUGGAGACCGUGGAAGAAACUCAACAUGGCGGUCAGGACAACUCUGAUUCCCUUGGCUUCGUAUUAUCCGGGAUGGCAUGUCCGCGUCCAUUGCAUCAUAGGUCUUGAAACAGCUAGUAGCAUCCCCUGGUGCGACAGCGUCGAACUUAUCGAUAGUUCUUUUGCUGUAAAAGCGCUGACUAACGAGGGUUAUCACGUUCCUCCCAUCUCUAACACCGAUGCCAUCAAGUCCACUGAUGGCUUUAUUGCUGAUCAGUCAAGUGUUCUUGUCAAAUCCGGCGGUGGAGCGAGUGGUAUUGUUGACUUGACAAGCAAGAUCGAUUACAAAGGGGUAACCGGUAGGGCUCAGCCGAGACUUGAAGCCAAAGGACAUUUGAUCGCAGCAGAUCCCAACACCAAUCUCAUCGAGCAGAGAACUAUCAUCCCGUCAAUUAGAUACUCUCAUGCAUUUGCUGGUGGAGGUACAUCGAACUCAGCGUCAGAACGUCUGUCGUUAGUGGUUGUUGCUACUGCAGUGUUUGGCGUCAGCAGCGCCAACAUAGAUCAAACAGACAUAUAUGCUUUAUGGAUUAAUCGACCGGGGUUGAAGCUCAAUGAAAGUGCAACUGGUACCAUUAGUAUAGUAAUUAUAUAG